GCCCCGGGACCUGGGGGUUUUAGCCUCAUCUAGCAGAGGCGGAAGUGAAAGAGCCGGGUCCGUUCGGGUUCGGCGCGGAGGUACGGGGCGGGCAGCGACUGCUCCCGGAAACGAGCGGCCUCGUGAUUGCAGUAAGGAGCAAGGCGCUAUUUUUCCUGGACCUGGAGGGAAAAGGCGGCUGGGAAGGUUUGCGACACCCUCCCGUUCAGUUCUUGCCUAGAAAAACGCCUGGAUCGAUCUAUAGCGCUGCAUGCGGCACGGCCUCCCCGUGGCGCGUCAGGGAGCACCGGGGGAGCCGCUGCCCUUCCUCGUGGCGCGAGAAGCAAGAGGGGCGGAAAGGGGGCUAGCCAGCUAGCGCUCGUGGGACAGAAAAGUGGCAUACUUGGGAGUAAGUGACGCUGCACGCAUCUGGGGCGGAGCAGAAUUUGGCUAUUCCUGGAGAUUAGAGACCGUCAGCGACUGCAGGAGGAUUCGCGAGCAGGGAGCGCAAAAACUGGCGAGGAGGAGAGGACGGUUCCUGGGAGCUGCGGGGAAGGCGCGAAGUGGAUCUUCCCGAGGACGGCGCUCGCGAGGAGGUCGAACUACUUGCAGGGAUCCAAGGCGGAAUACAGUCACGACAGGCGGCGGGCAGACCCCGGGGCUGGCUGAGGCGCUCCUCCCGGCAGGAAAAGGCAGGGCAGCCCCUCCUCGGACAAAGUGAGCUGCGAGGAGCUCCCAGCUUGGCUGUGCUGCGGCGCAAUUCUCCGUCCCACGAUUCUCCGCCCAUGUGGCUGGCAGCCUUCUCGGGAUGAAGCGGGCCGGGGCGCUGCGGCUGGUCUCGGACUGGAGCGACUUCGGCCGCGGCCGCUGCCUGCGGGAGCUGCUGGAGCGGCGCCUCCCGAGCGAGGCGCCCAGCCGUGUCCUUGUCAGCCCUGACAGCCAGCAUCUGCUCCUGCUGUGGAACCAGCUGCCCUACCAGACUCGAGUCGUGGCCUUCCAGCGUCUGGGCGCUGAAGGGGGCGACCUGGAGCGGAGCUGGCAGCCUCCUCAGCCCCCCGUGGUGGAGCUCCUUUUCCUGGAGAGCCCUGCAGCAGCCGCCCCCUGGGUGCUGGCUAUCAUCUGCGAGCAAGGCCGAACCGAGCUCUGGCGUUCUGUGCCUGCUGUGGGGUGGCAUUUGCUACAGAGCCUGGAGCUCUGCCAUGGCUUCCGUGCCCGGAUUGUCUCCAUCUGCAACUGGGGUGACCAGCUGGUGUGGUGUGAGGAGAGGCCUCCCUUGGAUGCCCAGCUGACUCCAGAGCGGCGAUCCUUUCAGUACUGCAUCUGCACAAGGGACCUUCAGGUUGGGGAGCAGGGAGCCCAGCUGAGCCCCCUGAAGAUUGUCUUGCACAACAGCCCUGUUUACCAAGUGCUGGCCUCGCCUUCCGCCGUCUUCCUGGUGCCCACUCCAGCCACUUUCCCCGGCAUUGCCAAGUUUGUCCUCAUCUGGCGACCUGAACAUUCUGACAUUAUCACUACUGCUCCAUCCAAAGGGUGCAUUUGCACUAAAGCCUUGCAGCCUGGUACUGAAGUGGACUUCAAGAAGCUAGUGCUGGGCUGCAUAGGACUCCUGGCAUCCAUGGAAACAUUGGAUGUUCAUAGCUGUGCUCUUUCUGGCUGCGGGGGACUCCUCCUGGUUACCAAAGCAGGUGCUGUGGAAUUAAUUCAACCUAAUGGGGUGUGGAGGCCUAUCUUUAAUUUUGGGGAACAGGCCUUGGCCCCAACGGAGCAGGUCCAGCUGAAGGUAUUUAAGGACACUCUUGCCUGCUUGCUGGGAGGGGUUCUUUAUCUUGUGAAUCUGGACAGUGGACAACUGAUAGAAAAGAAAACCCUGAGUACAGAAGAAGUGCUGUUUUUGGACUUCCAUGCUGAAGAAGAGGAAAUGCAGCUCCUUUCACCAAGUGGCAUUUACAGCCUUGACUUUUCUGGCAUUGAUCAGAACAGCCAGCCUGAGCCUAAACUGGUGGAUAUGGUGUUUGAGGAGGCCUGUAAGUACUACCAACGGCGGAGCCUCAGCAGCUCACAACUCACCGUUGAGAAACUGAAGAAGGGAGACAUGUUUCAGGCACCCAUUGCACUGUCCUCCAUUCUGUGCCACAGCCUUGCUCCCAAGGAGAGACGAUCCAGAGCUCUCCCAGAGCCUUAUGCCAAACUGCUGGACACAAUGCAAUUAGAAUUGCAGAGUUACCAGAACCUGGAACUCCUCAAGUCAUGUGUGGUUGGGGCUUCAGAAAAAGAGGUAGAGAGCUAUGGAGAGGCACUGGUGGAGCAGGAGCUCAGCCGCCUUCUGCACCUGGACUUUAACAGGGAAAACCUGGCAUACCUGAAUGCCAUUUUCAUUUCCUUCCCUGGGGCCUUCUGGAAAGCCAUUCAGAAUCACUUGCAGCUGCAGCAGAAUGGAGAUGGUGUUCUCGUAGCAAGAGCAACACCAGAUAUAUGGAAGAAAAUUCUGGGGGGAUCAGUCCCCAACCUGAGCAAACAAGAGGAGGAGCCUUUAAAUGGUGUGGUCCCUCUGUUUGAACUUGUCUGUCUUUCUCUCCACCAGUUCAAGCCCAAAUGGCUGCCACAGUUUGUGGAACUGUCCCAGCAGUAUAUGGGAGCCUCUUGGUCUUAUAGCAACAAGGAGGGCCCCGAAGGUGGUGUGCCCCUCUACAAGAGAGCUCUGGCUGUGCUGCCAAAAAGAAGAGGCAGGUGCUCAUUCAUAGACAGGGAAAUGGAAAUUGAGCUCUUGCUAUCUAGCCAGCGGCCCAAAGCCAUCCUCCAGGCUAUGGAUCUCCUUAUCCAGCAUGGGAGAUGGCAGCGUGUGAUGGAGGUAGCUGAAAAAUUCUCCAUGCUUAGCCCUUUGUUGAACAAAGAGAUUUUUACUAUCCUCUUAGGAGAGUUUUGUCAGCACAGGGCACUUGACCCAUACUUGGACAAGUUGUGGGAGCUCUGUCCUGCAGAUCUGAGUGCUUCUGAUGUCCUGAGCAUCAUUGAACAACAUUUAGCGCCAGCAGAACAUGGCCCCUUUCCUUUCUCUCCAAAUAGCUCAUCCCAGAUUACCAUUGGCCUGCUCAAGCCACUAAUGCACAGACUGGCACAAUGCCCACCUGGCCAGGUUGAAAUAUAUGCUGAUGUCUUACAGGGCUUGACUUUUCCUCCUCCAGCUCCACCCAGGGACCAGGUUUCUCCAAGAGCAGCUUCUGAGGAAGAGCAAAUUCAGAACUACAUUUAGCACACAUUGUGUGAAAUGGAAUGAAGCACAGAGAUGGAGAUGAGCAAAUGGGCAUCCAAAAUACACUCUCUUGGUAAAGUAAGGGGCUGCUGCAAAGCUAUGCAGCCCGCUUAGGCCACAUAGCUACAUCAGCAAGCUAUGCCUGCUAAAGAGGGAAAUAAUUCCAAAGCAUUAUUCUACUGCUGAUGGGUUUCUUUGGAAGAGGGCAGUUUGUAGGAAAAGCUGGAGAUUUCUGUUUCCUUAAACAAGAGCUGUUAAUCUUAUAUAGGAACUGUACCAUUUCUCAUACAGUAAAGUUAAAUGAAGAGCUGUUUCUGAUGUAUCUCCAUCCUUUUAUGAAUAAUGCUGGUGGACUGAGGUUAAAUUCUUUCUCUGCAUUAUUGGUCAUAUUUGCAUGAGGGCUUAGUGUAACUGGGGAAUUUUCUUGCUUUAAUUACUUUGAAGGGAUGACAAAACUUCCAUUGUUAUGUGAACCUAACUUUUAGGUACGAGGAAUUAUUUUUCCUGACAGUAAGCAAGCCGUGGGCCAUAGUUUCACUGGCCAGCCUUACUUCCUCCUGAGGUUAAUGCUUCUGAAACUCCCUGCUUAACAGCAUGCCAGCUGUUUGCUUCUCUCUUUGGGGGAAAAUGCUUAGAUGCAGCCAAACUGUUUAGCAUGCAGUUAUUUACCUGCAGAAGGGGAAGCCCCACCAAUUUCCACAGUGGCUUUUUAAAAAUGGUGUUGGUUGCAAGAGGAGUUAGGUAUUUCACUGGAGUAUUCUGUGCCCUGCAUGUUGCAGGGGAGUGUGACUUGCCCACUGCUUUAUGCACAGGACCUCAAUGGCUCCCUCUGUGUUGUAGGAGGUGGAGGGGAUUUGGAGCAAGGCAGCGUCAUAGUGAGCCCUUCCUGCCUGAGUGUAACAUACCAUUAAGAAUGAAAAAGCCGUCUUUGUGCCAAGGUGCACCAAGCUAGCAUUUCAUCACUAGCUUUCUCCCAUAGAUGAAAGGAGGGGGAUUGAGGGAGGGAGAGGUAACUGUUCAGCAGUGUUUUGUUUUGUUUUGUUCUUUUCUUUCUUUUGGUAAAUGGUAGGGAGAAUGUGGUUUACACCACAUGAAAUUGCUUGUAUCAUUUUUUUUUAAAUGCACAGAUUCCAUCAUAUGGCACAAAAGUGGCAGAUAUUCAGUAAAAACGAGUCUAUAGACUUUGGUUUUCUCUGCUUAAAGGAUACAUUUAUAGCUGUGGAAGUAAACAGUAGGGACUAUUUUGACUCUUUAGGUGCAACAUCCUUGGCCACUAUAUUUUCUAUUGUUUCUCCUCUCUAAUUCUCCCUGGCUGAAUUCCUUGAGAACUGUUUUGCGGAGAAUGACAGGAGUCAUUCAAGAACCUGUGCUGAUACUGAGCUUUUUAUACUCCAAGAGCAUCUCCUCUUACUAGGCUAGGAAUAGGCAGACUUGUAGCCCUCCAAAUGUUUUGGCUUACAGCUCUCAUGAGCCCUACAUGGCAUAGCUAAUAGCAAAAAGUUGUAGGCCAACACAUCUGGAGGGCCAUCAAUUGACCAUCCCCUAGGCUAGGACCAGGCCCCUGCAGCACCUUAUCAAACCUGGAUAAUUCCUGUGUGUGUGUGUGUGUGUGUGUGUGUGAGAGAGAGAGAGAGAGAGCGAGCGAGCGAGUGAGCGAGCAUGCGAGCGCAAACGCUUCGGAGUCAUCUUUGAAUCACCUUCCAUUGCAUGACUACCAACUAGCAAAAAUGAGGAUAUGGUAACACUUGGCAUCGGGGCAUGAAGAGUAUGUUAGGAGAGUAAGUUCUCUUCUGAGGUAUCUGUUCUGAAAAAGCACAAAUGCAAAACACAUACCAAAUUUAACCAAACUAUGUCUACAUUUCCUAUUCUUUACAGGCUCACUGCAUGUUACCUAAACACCUGCAGCCUAGAAGCAUUUUUUUAAUUAGGAACAAGACUGCAGUAUUAUCUUCUUGCCUCUUGAAGCUAAAAGCUCAGGACAGAGUAUAAGCGCUUGCAAACACAGUAGGAGUGUGUGCUUUCCCUUUGCAAGGUAUAUGAAAGGCUGCUCCUUUUUUUUUUUUGCAAAAAUAAUGUGGCUUUCACGUUUCAGAUAUUCUUUCUGAUGUUACCUUGGUAAUGGGACCUUCCUAGACAAGGGAAAGAAGCUGCCCACAUGAUAUCUUUGAAUGGUUCAAUUAUAUGGCAGAGGAAUAGGAGGAUCCUUUCUGUGCUAACCUUGGUAAAUGAAUUUAUUCUUUUUUUCAAUAUGUUUCUGGAAUUUGAAGCCAUUUCUAUGUCCUGUAUGCAGUAUUAAAAGAUGGUGGCCAACCUUAAA